AUGGCGGCGGUAGAAGCAGCAUGUUCACAUGUACCAGAUGAAUUAUGGGAGUUUAUCUUCAAAUUCCUCAGUCACGACGACCACCACACGUUGAAGGCUCUCUCCAUUGUCUCCAAACAGUUUCUCUCCAUCACCAACCGUCUUCGAUUCUCUCUCGCAGUUAUUGAUCAAACAAUCCCUUUCCUUCCUCGUCUCUUUCAAAGGUUCCCUAAUCUCACAUUACUCAAUCUCAUUCUCCGCGACAAAAACAAUUACUUCAGGGUUAAUCGUAACCAAAUCUCUACUUUCCCUAUAGACAUCAAAUCGCUCUAUCUCUCUGACCAUUCCGGCAAUUUUCCCGAUGGGAUCCAACCUCUGUCGAAUGAGAUAAGAAUGUUAUUUACCAAUUGUUCCCAAAUGUGUUAUAUUGACAAGAAGGAUCUUGUUUUAGUGGCUGAUUGUGUUCCUUCACGCAAAGAACCACUUGAACGCAGUUAUCCUGUGAUUUCUGUUAACUUUAAAUUUCAAUGA